UUGCCUAACGGUUCAGACUGUAACGGUCCAGACUGUAACAGCCGCUGCGCUUCCCGCCUCUACUGACGUCGCUGUGUGUCUUUUGGUGGUGUAGCUUAAAAAGCGACUUAAAGGUCGUGCGUUGUGCGUUCUGGUUGUCUGUACUGACUUGGGCCACACGAUAAGCGUUUGUGAAUGACUGGGACUGGAGUGAAAGUGGUGACUUGGGGCAGGGAAAAGUUUUAAAAACCUCUUGGUUUCCCAAUCCCUAACACUGAUAGAUACACUCGUCGGUUUUCGACCUCUCCACACCUCGCGAGCAGGUUCUCAAAAUGUCAUCUGUCAAGGAGCAGCUUAUUGAGAAUCUAACUGAGGAAGAUAAAGUCUCCCAGAGUAAGAUCACCAUUGUUGGAACUGGUGCUGUAGGCAUGGCCUGUGCGAUUUGUAUCUUGCUGACGGAUUUGGCUGAUGAGCUUGCCCUUGUUGAUGUUGUAUCAGACAAACUGAAGGGAGAAACAAUGGAUCUUCAGCAUGGCAGUCUUUUCUUUAAUACUUCAAAGAUUGUCUCUGGAAAAGAAUAUCAAAUUGUAAGAAGUUACUAUGAAUCUUUCUCUAACAAGAAAUUUUUUUUCCUAGUGGAUAUUUUGACAUACGUUGUCUGGAAGUUAAGUGGCUUACCUGCAACUCGUGUAAUUGGAAGUGGUUGUAAUCUAGACUCUGCCCGUUUCCGUUACCUAAUUGGACAGAAGUUAGGUGUACAUCCCUCAAGCUGCCAUGGUUGGAUUAUUGGUGAACAUGGUGAUUCUAGUGUGCCUUUAUGGAGUGGAGUAAAUGUUGCUGGUGUUUCUCUGAAGAGUCUAGAUCCUAACAUAGGAACUGAUUCAGACAAGGACCACUGGAAAAAUAUUCAUAAGGAAGUUGUUGGAAGUGCCUAUGAGAUUAUCAAGCUGAAGGGGUAUACCUCUUGGGGUAUUGGACUGUCUGUGACAGAUCUGGUAAAAUCAAUUUUGAAAAAUCUUAGGAGAGUGCAUCCAGUUUCCACUAUGGUGAAGGGCUCAUAUGGAAUAAAAGAAGAAAUCUUUCUCAGUAUCCCUUGUGUCUUGGGACGAAAUGGUGUCUCAGAUGUUGUGAAAGUUAACUUGAAUUCUGAGGAGGAGGCCCUUUUAAAGAAGAGUGCAAGCACACUUUGGAAUGUCCAAAAAGACCUGAGAUUUUAAAACUUUUUAAUGUUCCAUGUUUUUGAGAACAGAAGAUAGUAGACUGUAUGUUUUAUAUUUUGAAAGUAUUCUCACCUGAUCUCUAAAAAAUAAAAAGAACAUUGGACCUAUGACAUAACUCCACUCUCUCAAGACUAGAAAAAGGAAAUGGUAAAGGAAUUUCUCCCCUUUAGGAAUCUCUUAUAGCUCUAUUCUAAUAGGCUCAACCUGUACAAAUGUAACUUAUACUUCCAACUUAUGUCAUAUAUGUAAAAGUUGGCUUCGGGUUUAUUAGAAUAUGUAUAAUAAUCCAUUUAAUACAGACCUUAUGAUUCUUCUGAUAAAACAAUGGGAUUUCUAGUA